AUGUUCCCAAGCUACUCAAAAAAGAAACGACUGCCUCCCGGGCGGACCUUGCUCGCCAUUUACCUCUUCAACCUCCAGUUGCUCCAAGACCUCCCGCUCCAGAUCGGCCAUGUGAAACUCAUUGGUCCAGCGAGCAGCAUACCCUUUCGGCUUUCGAUCAUCGAUAUCUUCAAACAUCUUUCCAACCUCGUCCGGGUAUUUCCGGUUGAUGAUGAUGGUGGCGAGCAAAUUGCGGAUGUGGAUGUUGGCCUUGUCUGUAUCUUUGAUGGUUUUGAAGUGCUGGAUGAGCAGGCACAUCUCUUUCGUGGUGAAGCUGAUGGGAAGAGUCUCGCUUUCGGCACGUUGAAAGACUCGCUCUGCACGAGCAGCGAUCGUCUCUUGCACUGGUAA